GAGCACUGAGUACUUCCGGGUCAAAGUUGGCUGUACACCCCAUGUGCUUCUCGUGCCUCGAUGUUGUUACGUUUAUCUAAUUUAGUGAAGUGACAGAUUCUAUUUUUCCUGUUUUGUCCUGCUGUAGCUAUUGUAAGCGUGCUGCUGGUUCAGUAUGUCGCAGAACAUAUCUUCAUCCAGUUCACAGGAAAAGGAAAAGAGAGGUUCUAGAUACGAGUGUCCUGCAGACUUUGUGCCUCUUCAGUACAGCUGCAGUGAGAAGUGUGUGUUGGAGAGAGGAGAAAACACUGAGCUGUGGCUCAUUAAAGCUCCAGCUCGCUUCAAGCCCAGCAGCCUGGCAGAUUUGAAAGUGUCCUUAUCAGGUCUGGAGAUGAUCCAGUCUACUGAUGCAUCUCCUCAGAUCUACAGUGUUCUCUCCAGCCACUCAGGCCCUACUGACCUCCAUCUUCUCAGCUCCAGUGGUAAAAAGCACAAAGCAUCUCCCUGUGCUUCUGGCUUUGCUGGAAUCAUCAGUAUCAGUGAAAGUUAUGGGGACUGCAGUGGGAAUCAGAGCCCUAUUCCCGUCCCAGCAGCCCCUGCUCCGAGCUUCCCAUCAGGCCUGAAGCAGCGCUUCCAGCCCUUCGGCAGCUCUACUGCUGCUCACGUGUCUCAGAGCACCACUUCAUCCUCUCCUUUGCCACCAAAGAAAGCAAAGCUGGAGUCUGAAGAGACCAAAGACCAGAGUAAGAAAAAGAAAAAGAAGAAGAAAGAGAAGCACAUCAGAGACGAGACGAUUGAAGUGGCCCACAUUAAGCAGGAAGAAAUAUCUUAUGAAUGUGGUGAGCAGCAAGUCCCAGAGCCGGCGGAGGAAGAUGGUACAGCAGAGAGAAAGAAGAAAAAGAAGAUUAAAAAAGAGAAGGAGAGAAUGGACACACAGGAUGAGGUGGCUAUUGAUACCAGUUUGAUAACCAAACAGGAGCCAAUGGACACGUCCUUUGGGGACAGUGAAAGCUCUGCGAAAAAGAAAAAGAAGAAGAAGAAGAAAGCGCAAGCUGAGUAAACAUUGAUUAAAGGUCAUUAUACAUGUAUAUUGUGAUGGUAACUAUGGUGAUUUUAAGCUUUUAUGUCAGAAAGGUUGUCUACAACCGUUAAUCAUGUUACAGCAAAAUGUAUAAAGGCUGAAACAUUUAUAAAUGAAUUUACUGCA